AUGUCUCAAGAGGCACCAGCAAUGGAGCCCUCCACUCCAGCAGUGCCAGAGAGGGCUAUCCGUCGAAGUGAAGAUAUCGGUGCACCUUCAGUAAGCAACGAAACGAGACGAUACUGGCGUGCCUCCGAAGCACCAGCACCACUGCGUCCAGCAGCAUCUGGCGGGGUACCUGGGCGGCCCUCAGAGGACGGCCAACACUACAUUCCACCAAAUCAGCAGAUGAUGCAUUGGCAGCCACCGCACGACGAAUACGCAGCAUACGAUGACCAAAACCCGUCACCCCCAAGAGACUACUAUCUCGUCCCUCGCGGCGUCAACAGCGCCGCUCCAUCCCCAUCCCCGUAUCCAUCAAGCGAGACGUAUGCACGAAGACCUUAUCACAAUCCCCGCGAGAGCACCGAGACACACCGACCGCUUGUCAGCAGCCAGCAGACACCACGAAGACGUCCGUCCGCGUCCGUUCGACCUCGCUGGGCCGACGGCUACGAGGACGAAACACCGUCGCCUCGAUCAAAGCGCACGCCGCAGAAGUCGAGGACGGGCAUUUACGUGGUCAGAGAAGGCGGCGGCGGUGGCGGAGAUGGUACAGAGCCUGAUGAGAUCAUGCGAUUGCCAUUUAGCUCUUGGAUGCACGGCACCGUGAAGAACCAUUUCAUCGCCGUCCUCGGCGAGUUCGUUGGCACAACCAUGUUCCUCUUCUUUGCCUUCGCCGGCACAUUGGUCGCCAACAUCGGCGCCACCGAAAGCGCCAGCCAAACCACCACCAACGCCGCGGUCGGCUUCAGCCCGAUUGUGAACCUAUACGUGGCGGUAGCAUUUGGUUUCAGCCUCAUGGUCAACGUCUGGAUCUUCUUCCGCGUGAGCGGUGGUUUGUUCAACCCAGCAGUAACCCUCGGCAUGGUAAUGACGCGCUCCAUAAACUACACCCGCGGCUUCCUCCUCGUCUCCGCCCAACUCGUCGGCGCCAUCGUCGCCUCCUUCAUCGUACAAGCCCUCUUCCCCUCCGACUUCAACGUCCGCACCACCCUGGCCCCGCAAACCUCCAUCGCGCGCGGCGUCAUCAUCGAAGCCAUCUUGACAGCAGAACUGGUGUUUACCGUCUUCAUGCUGGCCAAAGAGAAACAUCGCGCGACGUACAUGGCUCCGGUGGGCAUUGGACUGUCGUUGUUCGUGGCGGAGCUGGUGGGGGUGUUUUUUACGGGCGGGAGUUUGAAUCCGGCGAGGAGUUUUGGGCCGUGUGUUGCGACGGGGACUUUUGAUCCGGAGCAUUGGGUUUAUUGGGUUGGGCCGGCGAUCGGCGCCAUUGCGGCGUUUGCGUUCUAUCGGUUCAUCAAGAUCCUGGAAUAUGAAAUGGCCAACCCGGGCCAGGAUGCUGAGGACGCCGAGACGGCGCAUAUGGAAGCGAAGGAGGCUCGGGGAGAAGUCUGA